UGCUACUACUUUUCCCUUCGUUCUGCUACUACUUUUCUCUUUCACGCUUUCUUACAGCUAGUUACCCUCCGCCUCCGCGUUUCUUCAACUAUUGGUGACAAGAACAGAGAAGUGAUUAUGGGCUUUCCUCAGUUUAGAAACUGGCGUUUCUACACAAGUCUUUCUCCUUCGUUGAUUUGAUUCUCGACAUCGAACUGGGGGUUUUGGAUCGAAUUCCCCGGGUGAAGUCUUGGAAGUGUUGUCGAAUCUAGGAAUUUCGCUUUAUUUGAUCCUUCGUUGCAGAGAUGCCUAGGGUUUACGAUAAUUGGGAGAGGUUGGUCCGCGCCACCUUGAAGCAGGAGCAGCUGAGGAGUGCUGGGCAAGGGCCCGAGAGAUCCGGCAGUGGCAUUGCUGGCGCCGUUCCGCCUUCUCUCGUACGCACGACGAAUAUUGACGCCAUACUGCAGGCUGCCGAUGAGAUUCAAGCUGAUGACCCAAAUGUUGCCAGGAUUUUGUGCGAACAAGCAUAUAGUAUGGCACAGAACUUGGACCCAAAUAGUGGUGGCCGUGGUGUUCUCCAGUUCAAGACUGGCUUGAUGUCUGUGAUCAAGCAAAAGCUUGCUAAAAGAGAUGGUGCGCCAAUAGAUCGCAAUCGUGACAUCGAGCACCUCUGGGAAUUCUACCAGCGGUACAAGAGACGGCACAGAGUGGAUGACAUCCAAAGAGAGGAACAGAAGUGGCGGGAAUCUGGAACAUUUUCUACGGCUAAUCUGGGAGAAUUGGAGCUGCGCUCUCUAGAGAUGAAAAAGAUAUUUUCAACUUUGAGGGCAUUGGUAGAUGUCAUGGAAGCUCUUUGCAAAGAUGCUGAUCCUCGUGGUGUGGGAAAGCCGAUCAUGGAGGAGCUUCGAAGAAUUAAAAAGGUUGGGGAACUCACGCCUUACAACAUUGUUCCUCUUGAAUCACCAUCAUUGACCAAUGCUAUUGGAGUAUUUCCUGAAGUCAGAGGUGCAAUAUCUGCAAUCAGAUACACUGAAAACUUCCCUAGGCUCCCUUCUGAAUAUGAGAUCUCUGGAGAACGCGAUGCUGACAUGUUUGAUCUUCUGGAGUAUGUGUUUGGUUUUCAGAAAGGCAAUGUCACAAACCAAAGGGAGAAUGUUGUCCUUCUGAUUGCAAAUGCACAGUCUCGACUUGGCAUACCUGCCCAAGCUGAUCCUAAAAUAGAUGAAAAGGCAAUCAACGAGGUUUUCUUGAAGGUGCUGGACAAUUAUAUUAAGUGGUGCAAAUACCUGCGCAUACGUCUUGCUUGGAAUAGUAAUCAAGCAGUUAAUAGGGAGAGGAAGCUCUUCCUGGUUUCGUUGUACUUUCUCAUAUGGGGUGAAGCUGCAAAUGUUCGUUUUCUACCUGAGUGCAUUUGCUAUAUAUUUCACCAUAUGGCAAAAGAGCUUGAUGCUGUUCUUGAUCAUGGAGAAGCUGAUCAUGCCCCUAGCUGCAAAAAUGAAAGUGGUUCUGUGUCCUUCAUUGAGCAAGUGAUUCUCCCGAUAUAUGAAACGAUGGCAGAGGAAGUGGGAAGAAAUAAUAAUGGAAAAGCUGCACACUCUGCAUGGAGAAACUAUGAUGACUUCAACGAAUACUUUUGGUCACCUGCUUGCUUCGAGUUGCGGUGGCCUAUGAGGAAAGAUUCUUCGUUUUUAACGAAGCCUAAAAAGUGGAAAAGGACUGGCAAAAGCACUUUCGUUGAGCAUCGUACAUUUCUUCACUUGUACCGAAGCUUCCAUCGGCUCUGGAUUUUUUUGGCUCUGAUGUUCCAGGCAUUGACGAUUAUAGCCUUCAAUCAUGGGAAAAUCAAUUUGGACACAUUUAAAGUGAUCCUGAGUGUGGGUCCUUCAUUUGCCAUCAUGAACUUUAUAAAGAGCUGUCUGGAUGUCCUUCUCAUGUUUGGCGCUUAUACAACAGCAAGGGGCAUGGCAAUUUCCAGGCUAGUCAUUAGGUUUUUCUGGGGUGCUGUGACCUCUGUGGCUAUAACCUAUCUUUACGUGAAGGUUCUUGAUGAGAGGAAUAGCCGGGGAUCAUCAAAUUCUUUCUAUUUCCGGAUAUAUAUACUGGUCUUGGGCGGUUAUGCGGCUCUGCGCUUGGUGUUUGCAUUGCUACUUAAAUUUCCAGCCUGCCAUACUCUCUCAGACAUAUCUGAUCAAUCAUUCUUCCAAUUUUUUAAGUGGAUUUAUCAGGAAAGAUACUAUGUUGGACGUGGGCUUUAUGAGAGGAUGGGUGAUUAUUGUAGGUAUGUCAUGUUUUGGCUGGUGAUAUUUGCCUGCAAAUUCACGUUUACAUACUUUCUCCAGAUUAGACCUCUUGUGAGCCCAACCAACAUCAUCAGGAAUUUUCCAAGUUCAAGUUUGCAAUACUCAUGGCAUGAUUUUGUAUCAAAGAACAAUAAUAAUGCGCUGACCGUAGUUAGCCUGUGGGCUCCUGUUGUGGCUAUAUAUCUGAUGGACAUCCACAUUUGGUACACCCUUUUGUCAGCUGUUAUUGGUGGAAUUAUGGGAGCAAGAGCUCGGUUGGGUGAGAUACGUACACUUGAGAUGGUUCACAAACGCUUUGAGAGCUUCCCAGCUGCCUUCGUGAAGAAUCUGGUUUCUUCACAUGCAAAGAGGAUGCCAUUAAAUGCACAAGCAUCUCAGGAAUCUCAGGACUUGAACAAAGCUUAUGCAGCAAUGUUUUCUCCCUUUUGGAAUGAGAUUAUCAAAUGUUUGCGAGAGGAGGAUUUUAUUAGCAACCGAGAAAUGGACCUGCUUUCCGUUCCUAGCAAUACAGGAAGUUUGAGAUUAGUUCAAUGGCCAUUGUUUCUUCUCAGCAGUAAGAUACUGCUGGCAAUUGAUUUGGCGUUGGACUGCAAAGACACACAAACAGAUCUGUGGAAUAGAAUCUGUAAAGAUGAGUAUAUGGCUUAUGCUGUUCAAGAAUGCUACUACAGUGUUGAAAAAAUCUUACAUUCCUUGGUUGAUGGUGAAGGGAGACUUUGGGUUGAAAGGAUCUUCCGGGAGAUCAACAACAGUAUACAGGAGGGGUCACUGGUCAUAACUUUGUCACUUAAAAAGCUUCCUCUCGUGUUAUCACGAUUCACUGCACUCACUGGCCUCCUGAUACGGAAUGAGACUGCUGAUCUUGCCAAAGGUGCGGCAAAUGCUGUAUAUCAACUCUAUGAGGUUGUUACUCAUGACUUGCUGUCAUCUGAUCUUAGGGAGCAACUUGAUACUUGGAACAUUUUAGCUAAAGCAAGAAACGAAGGACGAUUAUUUUCUAGGAUUGAAUGGCCAAGAGAUCCAGAGAUUAAGGAGCAGGUGAAGCGACUACACCUCCUUCUCACUGUAAAGGAUUCUGCCUCUAAUAUUCCAAAGAAUCUUGAGGCAAGAAGAAGACUAGAGUUCUUCACGAAUUCACUGUUCAUGGAUAUGCCUUCGCCUAAACCAGUUUCUGAAAUGAUACCCUUCAGUGUCUUUACCCCAUACUACAGCGAGACGGUACUAUAUAGUUUAUCUGAAUUGCGGGUGGAAAAUGAGGAUGGAAUAUCAACUCUCUUCUAUCUCCAGAAAAUUUUUCCAGAUGAGUGGGAGAACUUCUUGGAACGGAUUGGUAGAGGAGAGACCACCGGUGAUGCUGAUCUCCAAGAAAAUUCUAGUGAUUCUCUGGAGCUUCGUUUUUGGGCAUCUUAUCGUGGACAGACUCUGGCUAGGACUGUACGUGGUAUGAUGUACUAUAGAAGGGCUUUGAUGUUACAGAGCUAUCUGGAAAUAAAUGUCUAUCUUAGAUAUCUUCACUUUGUGUCUGUAGUUGAUGAUUAUUCUCAAACUGAUGCAACCACUCAAGGAUUUGGAUUUUCCCGUGAAUCACGUGCUCAAGCCGACUUGAAAUUCACUUAUGUUGUUUCAUGCCAAAUAUAUGGCCAACAGAAGCAGCGGAAAGCACCGGAGGCUGCUGAUAUUGCUCUUUUAUUGCAAAGGAAUGAGGCACUUCGUGUGGCGUUCAUUCAUGUGGAGGAGACUGGUUCUACCGACGGGAAAGUUACCAAAGAAUACUACUCGAAGCUUGUGAAAGCUGAUGCGCAUGGAAAAGAUCAGGAAGUAUAUUCUAUCAAACUUCCUGGUGAUCCAAAACUUGGAGAAGGGAAACCUGAAAACCAGAAUCAUGCUAUCGUUUUCACUCGUGGGGAGGCCAUUCAGGCAAUUGACAUGAAUCAGGACAAUUACUUCGAGGAAGCAAUGAAAAUGAGAAACCUCCUUGAAGAGUUUCGAGCCAACCAUGGAAUUCGACCUCCUACCAUCCUUGGUGUGAGAGAGCAUGUGUUUACUGGCAGUGUCUCUUCUUUGGCGUGGUUUAUGUCUAAUCAAGAGACAAGCUUUGUAACACUGGGUCAAAGGGUGUUAGCAAAACCUUUGAAAGUUCGUAUGCACUAUGGCCAUCCAGAUGUUUUUGACAGAGUAUUUCAUAUCACUCGAGGCGGUGUUAGUAAGGCUUCACGUGUUAUUAACAUUAGUGAAGAUAUAUAUGCAGGGUUCAACUCCACAUUGAGGCAGGGAAAUAUUACACACCAUGAAUACAUUCAGGUUGGGAAGGGAAGAGAUGUUGGUUUAAACCAGAUUGCUCUGUUUGAAGGCAAAGUUGCUGGUGGAAAUGGAGAGCAAGUACUGAGUAGGGAUGUCUACAGACUCGGACAAUUAUUUGACUUCUUCAGAAUGCUGUCCUUCUACAUCUCAUCAGUUGGUUUUUAUGUUUGUACAAUGCCCCUCUUUCUUGUGGCCAUGAUACCUAUUUGGACGGGGGAUUUUCAGGCUUUCUCAGGAGUUGACCGUGCAGUUGCUCGUGAAGCAAGGAUUUUGGGGAACACUGCUUUGGAUGCGGUGCUUAAUACCCAGUUCCUUGUCCAGAUUGGAGUUUUUACUGCAGUGCCUAUGAUAAUGGGCUUCAUUCUUGAAUUGGGGUUGCUGCAGGCUGUUUUCAGUUUCAUCACCAUGCAACUGCAGUUGUGUUCAGUCUUCUUCACAUUUUCACUGGGAACUAGAACCCAUUAUUUUGGUCGAACGAUUCUACAUGGGGGUGCAAAAUACCGAGCAACUGGUAGAGGUUUCGUUGUCCGGCAUAUAAAGUUUGCUGAAAAUUACAGGCUAUACUCAAGAAGCCACUUUGUUAAAGCGCUUGAAGUUGCACUGCUUCUUAUAGUUUACAUCGCAUAUGGAUUCACAAGGGGUGGUGCAGUCUCCUUUAUUUUGUUGACUCUUAGCAGCUGGUUUCUGGUCAUAUCUUGGCUGUUUGCUCCUUACAUAUUCAAUCCCUCUGGUUUCGAAUGGCAAAAGACUGUUGAAGAUUUUGAUGACUGGACAACUUGGCUUAUGUAUAAAGGUGGAAUUGGUGUUAAGGGCGAUCAAAGUUGGGAGUCGUGGUGGGAUGAAGAACAGGUUAAAACGCAUAUUCAAACCUUGAGAGGUCGUGUAUUGGAGACACUUUUAACCUUGAGAUUCUUCUUGUUUCAAUAUGGCAUUGUGUAUAAACUCCAUCUCACUGGAAAGGACACAUCUCUUGCGGUACGCUCAUUCUCUGCCUUCUAUCAUUAUUAUUAUUGUUAUUAUGCUUCAACUUUUGCAUUCUGUGUUUUUUCCUACUAUAGCCCAAAGCGAUCGAUCAAUUUCCAGCUAUUGAUGAGAUUCAUGCAAGGGGUGACAUCGAUGGGACUAAUUGCGGCCCUUUGCCUUGUUGUGGCCUUUACGAAUCUGUCAAUUGCAGAUUUAUUUGCAAGCAUCCUUGCAUUCAUUCCUACUGGAUGGGCCAUUCUCUGUCUUGCAAUCACCUGGAAAAGUAUCGUGAGGAGUUUAGGUUUGUGGGAGUCCGUACGGGAAUUUGCGAGAAUGUAUGAUGCCGGGAUGGGUAUGGUUAUUUUCGCGCCAGUGGCAUUCCUAUCCUGGUUUCCUUUCAUUUCUACCUUCCAGUCUCGCCUUCUGUUCAAUCAAGCUUUUAGCCGUGGUUUGGAGAUCUCACUUAUCCUUGCUGGGAACAAGGCAAAUGUGGAUAUGUAGUUCUUCACUUUCCAUGAUGGAUGGUCGCAUCUAUGGAGGCGAGAUUUUCCUGUGUGAGAAACCACGUUCCUUCUUUUGUUUUUGUAGAUUACUAUAUAUGCUGCUGCAUAUUAAGAGUGUUUUGAUAGAUGAGCGGAAUCAUGCUGAUAGUUGUAGCAGGAAUUGUGCCGACAGUUUACCACAUAGAUGCUUUUUAUUGACACAAAUUCUGAUGGGUGGAUCUUAAUGAUAGCUUUAGUAGAGACGUCAAAACCGCCUUGUACUCGGUUUCAACCUUUGGUAACUUUGAUUGUUAAUUGGGUGCUUAUUACUGCAUUUUAUCUAUUCUAGGUUGC